GGCCCCGCCCCUUCCCGCCGCGCGGCGCUUCCGUGCUGGGCGCCGCCCGUUCCGGGCCCGGCUCUGUGAGGCCCCGAGGCGCGGCGGCGGCGGCGGCACUGCAUGACCAUAACUGAACAAUGUCUGUGCCACGUGGAGCUGUCCAUGCAAAAUGGAUAGUGGGGAAAGUGAUUGGGACCAAAAUGCAGAAAACUGCCAAAGUGAGAGUGACCAGGCUCGUGCUGGAUCCCUACUUGCUGAAGUUCUUUAACAAAAGAAAAACCUAUUUUGCCCACGACCCCCUGCAGCAGUGUGUUGUUGGAGACAUUGUUCUUCUGAAAGCUCUGCCCGAGCGAAGGAGCAAACACGUGAAACACGAACUGGCUGAAAUUGUGUUCAAGGUUGGCAAUGUCAUAGAUCCCAUCACAGGAAAGCCCUGUGCAGGAACCAGAUUCCUGGAAAACCUGUCAGAUUCAGAAAACCUCACCGAGGCAGAUACCACCUAUCUAAGUGAGAAACUUCAGGAACUUAAAGUUUGUUCAACAGACAAAUAGUGGGGGAAAUAUUUUAAGCAGAGGGCUUCCAGCUUUUGUGUCUCCCUGUCAUGGAUGUUUGAGGCCCUGCUGUGAUAUGUUAAAUGUUUCAGUGAAAUUUGUAGUCAAAAUAAAUAGUACAUGUAGUUGCUUAUGCAAAGAGAUGUUGCAGGUUGAUGGGCACCUGGAGCUUUGAAUGAAAAUACAGAGAAAAAUGCAAGUUUAGUGUUCACACUUCAUUUUGUUGCCUGUAGCUUUGCCCCAGUGACAGUUCCCAAAGGCAGCUGCCCUCCUGGAAUGACCUCUCUGUGUUAAGACAAGACUACAGCUGUGUGAUGUUUAAUUUUGGUGGGAGGGUCAUUAUAUUAUUUGGUUGUUCUGUAUUUCAGGGAGUCUUUUGUGGUUUGUAGGGUUACUGGAAAUGAUGCUAUUAAAGCUUUUGAAAGGAAGUGUAGAAUUUUAAAA